GAGAGUAUAUAAAAACGCACCCGUUUGCUGCAACAGUCAUUCACAACCUCACGUCACAUAGAAGAAGUUUACAUUUUCAAAGAAGAGCCGACAGCAUGUAUUCUACAGUCGUCCUCUGCCUUUUGGCUGUUAGCGGUGCACUGGCCAUGCCUGUUACGGACUCACUCGUAGCAACCGUCGUCAUGACAACAGCCGUGAGCAGGCCCUGCGACCCAGGCUACAUCUGCUUCCCGAACUCAACCGUGCCCAACCCGACCGAUGGUAUCAUGGGAUACAUCUGUCCUGUGGGGCACUUCUGUCCCACUGGUGCCCUGGAGGAAAUUCCCUGUCCGAUCGGAUCCUACAGCAACUUAAUUGGCCUGGCUGAUGCAUCUGAAUGUGUGCAGUGCCCAGCCGGUUACUACUGUAGUUUGCCCGGACUGCAGGCCCCACUCGGACUUUGCGAUCCCGGCUACUUCUGCAUACCUGGGUCCCAGUCGCCCACGCCCGUCGAUGGCACAUGCCCAGAAGGAUGCUACUGCCCAACAGGGUCUGCCGCACCUAUACCGUGCCCGGUUGGUACAAUGAACCCAGUCAGCCACGGUUCAAGUGUGUCUGAAUGUGUGCUAUGUCCGGCUGGUCAGUACUGUAGUGGGGCCGGAUUGCAGACCCCAACUGGACACUGCAGUGCCGGCUACUUCUGCAUACCUGGUUCCCAGUCACCCACACCUGUCGAUGGCACAUGCCCAGAAGGGCACUACUGUCCAACAGGGUCCGCCGCACCUACACCGUGCCCGGUCGGGACAAUGAACCCAGUCAGCCUCGGUACAGGUGUGUCUGAAUGUGUGCUGUGUCCGGCUGGUCAGUACUGUAGUGGAGCCGGACUGCAGACCCUAACUGGACCCUGCAGUGCCGGCUACUUCUGCAUACCUGGUUCCCACUCACCAACACCCAUCGACGGCGCAUGCCCAGAAGGACACUACUGUCCAACAGGUUCUGCUGUACCUUCACCAUGCCCUGUUGGUACGAUGAACCCAGACAGCCACGGAACAAAUGUGUUAGACUGUCGUCCUUGUCAGGAUGAAUAAUGGACAGCGAGGGGAUCGUAAGCGAAGUUUCCAGACCCAAACAACAUAUAUCUUAUGAUUUGGGUCACCCAAUAAGAAGCGAGCUGAUAGUUUGUCUUUCUGAUACGACUGAAAGUUGAUAGAUCACUUCAGUCGUCAUUUAUACUUCUGUUGCACAGGAUUUUACAUAUACGAGUAUUAGUAUAUCAAUAUGCACAUAUUUCUAAAUGAUGAUUCUUGUAAAUUACUAUUUGCCUGUAUUGCACAGCAUUUAUGAUAUAAAGAAAUAAAAAUUGAAAGUGUCAAGUGUGUGAUACCAUAUCAAAUAGACGUCCACAAUGGGUUCUCAUACUCAUGCUGAGCCAUUAGAACAAAUAUCUAAUAAACACCAAACUGCUGUUAAACUAUGUUUAAUACAUAGCCUCAUGAUUACAGUGUUCCAAAAGUU